AAAAAGAAAAAGCAAAGAGAUUUCACGUAUAAAUAUACCACUCCUCUCGAAUGUAUAGAAAGGGAGCAUAGGCGAAUGGUCAAGGAAGCGAAGUAAAUAAAAGAAAGAAAGAGAGUGAGAGAGAGAGAGAGAGAGAGAGAGAAAAAAAAGAAAAAGAAAAGAAAAGAAAAGCGCGCGCGGAUAGUACGUAGUGGGGAUAGAAGAUCGGAGCCAUCUGUCAUGGCCGAUACUCGGUGCGUGGAUGUAGUUUUGGUCGGUCCGUGUCGGCGCGCGGAGCGUCCUACUGCUGGUGUUGCAGUAAAAAAAGAUGGGUCGAAAUAAUGGGCAGACGAUUAAGCGAAGAAGGCGUUAGCGAUCUGACGAUCCUCGUACCGGAUGAUUUUUUCGAUAAGUCCGGGACGAUGGAGUCACGGACACGACGAAGUAGAUUACGGAGCGUCGUAGGGAUAUGUCUCUUUCUCGCUUUAACCGGGAUCGUAUAUCUUGGUUACUUUUGUCCGGAUCACGUGUGUGCCCUGACUAAUCGACAGGACAUCAAGGACUCCGCGAGAAUUUCAGAGGGUCUCUCUCUUGGAGCACCCGCAGCUGCCUUGUCUUCUGUCUCCAUCGAGAUUGACAAGAAUGGUCUCUUUUCUGUACAUCCUGCCUUUAAGCUUCAAAGUAUACAAGGAAGCCUUGGCUAUGAUGAUGUCUUUGCCAAUGAUACUUUUCAAUUUGACAUCAAUGCUCAUGACGUCAUGGUUUUCCUGCAUAUUCAAAAGACAGGGGGAACAUUGUUUGGUAAACAUCUAGUAAGAGAUCUGGAUCUCCAGAGACCAUGUUCAUGUCAGAGAAGACGUAAGCGCUGCCUUUGUUUCCGUCCAAAUCGCAAUGAAAAUUGGCUUUUUUCUCGGUAUUCUACUGGUUGGAAGUGUGGGUUACAUGCUGACUGGACUGAAUUAACUAGUUGCGUUGAUUCUGAGUUGAACAAAAUUGAAGGGGAAGGAAUUAAACGUAGAUAUUUUUACAUAACUAUUAUAAGGGAUCCUGUUGCACGUUAUUUGUCUGAAUUUCGACAUGUGCAAAGAGGUGCAACAUGGAGAGGUGCACGUCAUUGGUGUGGAGGAACUCAAGCUAAUAUACCACAGUGUUAUAAUGGACCUAGUUGGCAAGGAGUUAGUUUAGAACAGUUUAUGGAGUGCCCAUAUAAUUUGGCAAGCAAUCGUCAAACAAGAAUGUUGGCUGAUUUGUCAAUAGUUGGUUGUUACAACUCUACGCUUAGCAGCUUGGACAAGGAUCGUCUUAUGUUGGCUAGUGCCAAACAUAAUUUACAAUUUAUGCCUUUCUUCAUGUUGACUGAGUACCAAAAAGUGGGCCAGUAUUCAUUUGAAGAAACGUUUGGAAUGAGAUUUGCUGUUGCCUUCGAACAGCAUAAUGCCACUCUUAGUGCAGCUACUAUGGCCACUCUUAACCCAGAACAAUUAGACGCAGUACGUAGACUUAAUAAAUUGGAUCUGGAACUAUAUGAUUUUGCAAAGAAACUUGCAUUUCAAAGAUUUAGAAGACUCAAAGAUCGUGAUCCUUAUUUUGUGCAACGAUUUCAACAUCUUGGAGAAUUACCCUCUAGACAAAGUGCCACAGAAUUUAAUUGGGACUCUGUUAUUGAAGAUACAACAGAUAACGAGUAAUAUGUGAGUAUAUUGAUAAACAUUAUCGAUGCUUCGCAUUUGCGAAUAAAUACAGCGGUUGCACUGGAUCUGAGUAUCUCAGGGAAAUGCCCUUGGAACAGAAUGCUUUAUAUACAUAUAGUUAUCAGGCGCAUUUGUUGCGUGAAUUUUACCAAAAGUGUUGUAGAAUUUUACUUGGACAAGACCAAAGAGAGCUCCAAGAACCUUGGUAUUAUCCUUGGUACUUUUUCAGUGGUUUCAUAUAAGAAUAGAAGUCAGAUAAUUAUAAAAACAAAUAAACAAACAAACUUUA